AUGCCUAGCACAGAAAGGUCCCCUCUUAUCUAUCCAAGUACAACUCACUUCGAUACUGUCUCAGUGAACUCUGAUGAAAAUCAAGUGUCAGAGGAUGAAGCCGAAGAAGAAAAUGAUUAUUCCAGAUGUCAAGCCGAGAGUGACUCUAGCUGUGACUUGGUUACUAGCUUAGACAAAACUUCAUGGAGAAAUGUCAUAUACUUGGGAUUUUCUUCCCUUGGUGCCAUUUACGGAGACAUAGGAACUUCACCUCUAUAUGUUUUAAACGCUGUGAAGUAUCCUCAUAGUCCACCUAGCCAAGAUGACAUUUAUGGUACAAUAUCCUUGAUAUUUUACUUAUUUACCUUUAUUGUUAUAAUCAAAUAUCUAAUGAUCGUGCUUGUGAUUGGUCCUAAUAAUGGUGAAGGUGGUCAGGUGGCAAUAUAUGCCAAAAUCGCAAGACACUUAAAGAUAGGACCCAAAGGAGUGACAAUUCCUGGAGAUGCCCCAGAGAAGGACGAUGACGACAUCUUGCGACUCACUCGCCAAAUCACUUCUCUGCUGUUCAUCUCUUUAACACAUCAAAUGAAGGAUUUGAAGAACUCUCCUAGAACUUUGAAGUUCAUUUCAAAAUUAAGCUUGUGGUGUUGCUUCAUUGGAUGUUCGCUAGUGAUUUCGGAUGGUUUAUUGACUCCAACAACGUCGGUUUUGUCUGCAAUAACAGGAAUUCAAGUAGCGAAGCCAGAAUUUGAUAACGUUCUAUUAGUUUCAGAGUUAGUUCUUGUGUCUCUAUUCGUCAUGCAACAAUUUGGGUCAACCAAACUUUCAUAUUUUUUUGCACCCAUUAUUUUCACUUGGUUAUUAACAUUGCUUAUUUGUGGGACUUAUAACAUAAUCGUAUUUCAUCCAAUGAUUUUCAAGGCACUCUCUCCAGCGUAUGCCUUUAAUAUUUUGAAGAAAGGUGGCCUCGACAUAAUUUCUGGAUCAAUGUUAGCAAUAACCGGCACUGAGGCAAUGUUCGCUGAUAUUGGACAUUUCGGUAGAUUACCCGUUCAACUAUCAUUGACUUUAGUGGUAUACCCAUCUUUGAUUUUUUGCUAUUUGGGUCAAGGUGCAUAUCUUAUACACAAUCCAGAAGCAAUAAGUAAUCCUUUUUUUAUGUCAAUACCUGGUGGAUUGAAUGGAAAAUUAUAUUGGUUUGUCUUCAUUUUAGCUACUAUUAGCACAAUUAUUGCCUCUCAAGCGUUAAUCUUGGGGGUGUUCUCAAUAAUCUCGCAGUUGAUUAACUUGGACUACUUUCCUAAGUUGAAGAUUGUCCAUGUUGAUAGGGACUAUAUCGGGAAGGUCUAUAUUCCAAGUAUAAAUUGGUUCCUAAUGUUUGGAGUAUUAGCAACUACAGCAUUCUUUGAAACAAGUGAACGAGUGACCGCUGCUUAUGGAUUGGGGAUUUCAUUGGACUUUUUAGUCACUAGUAUUUUAAUCAUCAUAUGUAUGACUUAUGUAUAUGAAUGGAGAUUUAUCUUCUCGGUGAUAUUUGCCUUUGCUUUUAUUCCAUUUGAGUUGUUUAUGAUUCAAGCAAAUUUAAGAAAACUUUAUUGUGGUGCCUGGUUUUCUAUCUUACUGGCAUUUACCUUUUUCACCUUUCUUUAUUUUUGGAAUUGGGCAAGGUCUAAAAAAGUAGAUCAAGAGUUUGCUGCUAGAGUUAAAAUUGGAGACUUAUAUCCACAGUUUAAAAGGGCUCCGCCAAAUGAAAAUGAAGUUUUAAGGCUUGGAGAGAAUGACUCAAGACCUGAAAAAACUAAGGUAAGAGGAAGAUCUUACUUUAGAUUCCAAGAGGAGUUAUCUGUUGAGUUUAAUGUAUCAUUGCAUAAUAGGCAAGAAAUAACACCUUCGAGGCCAGAACCAAAAUAUCAACUAAAAAUCAAUUCUUUCGCAGGUAACCAAGUCUUAAAGAGAUACGAAGGUGUGGGAAUAAUGUAUACUGAAGCUUAUCACACUCUAAAUUCACCAAAUACUGUACCCCAAAUUUACAGACAAAUGAUUGAAACGUUUACUUGUAUCCCAAGUAUCUUCAUAUUUUGCACGAUAAAGGUACUAUCAAUUCCAACGAUUUUGGACGAAGAAGAAAGGAUCUUACUAGGUAGCAUGAAGAUUCCCGGUCACUAUCGAUGUAUCGUUAGAUUUGGAUUUUGUGAAGACGUGCAAAUCAAGGAUGAUAUCAUUUCGAAAAUCAUUAAUAUGGUACCAGAUUCUAUGACAUUGACAGAAAGGUUCAAUCGAUAUGGAAUCAUCAAUAAAAUUGAAAGUGUUCCAAUUUUACAUAUCUUUGAAAAUGAGUUGAUUAGAUCUUACCAAGAGGAACAUGACCAUUCUCAAAGUGCACUAUGCAAGGUUCGGGCAUAUAGUAGGAAGUUGUUAAUAAAUAACAUAUUCGGGCCCAUUGAUAAUGCGCUUAGAUCGAAAGACUACAUGUUAAAGGUUGAUGAUGAGCACUUAGAUAAUCAAAAAAGAAUAUUUAUCGGAAAUAUUGUUAGAAUUUAA